AUGGCUCUGGAGAUGUGCGGGCGUGACUUGGGCCAUGCCCGUGCUACCGUCGUGGCCUCCCCCGAAGCCGCAACCACUUACCUCCGCCUGGCGUUUGCUGCCAUGGUCGCGCGGGACUGGAAGCCGGAAGCCGAAAAUACCCUCUCGUACCUGGUGACGGAGAAGCAGAACCUGUUUGCUGUCCGCCAGCAUAGGUGGUACUGCCUAGAAGCCGGCUAUGAUGAGCUGGCCGUUAGGUGCUUCGGGUACCUGCUCCUCGACGAGGAACACGAGCGUGCCAUGAUGGAUCAGUUCGGCCGCCUCAAUCUCGAGUUUAACGGGAAUGCUGAGUAUCCCGGAGCUGAGGACAUGCGCUCGCGCUUUCUGGGGGGGGACGGCAGGCCCCCGCCCAUCCGGGGCAUCGUCAAGAAGUUCGGCCACGUUGACGGGGAUUGGCGGACGAGGGGUGUGCGCAGGAUUCUCCGAGAUGUUAUUCGAUUGCAGCAGCUCGGCAUCAUCAACAUCGAUGUAGCGCACCGACAGCUCGUCGGCGGCAAGUUCUGCGACUUCAGCACAGCCAUCACUAUCCCGCAUUUUGUCACGACUCCGGAGUUGAACCCGUGCCUUACGCCUAAGUGGAUAUCCGCCAUGGAGUUCGAAACUCCCCAGUUUAGUAUUAACGACUACUGGGAAUUCGACGAUAUGUCCGGGGAAUGGCGCGACGGGAGCACUGGACGGACGAAAAUCAGGUCGAAGGACAAAGGGCAGCAGCCGCAAAAAGCCUAG